CUAAAAUCUGUGGAAUGGACUCUAAAACCCUAAUGGAGACACCACAGGGUCAGUUCACUCCCUUUGCCUGAGUAAAAUGGAAGAAGAAAAACCGCCAACGGAAACCAAAAGAUCACCGCCACAACCGUCGAUUGAAGAACCAGAUCCGAAGAAGCUCAAAAUGUCGUCCACAACCACCACCUCUGACGACGAAGAUGUCAAUCCCAAUUCCGCGGCACCGAAGAAACAGAGGUACAAGCGCCGCAAGAUCGCUAUUUUCUUCGCCUACUGUGGCGUCGGUUACCAAGGGAUGCAGAAGAAUCCGGGCGCCAAAACCAUCGAAGCCGACCUCGAAGAAGCCUUAUAUCUUGCCGGAGCAGUCCCGGAGCACGACCGCGGGCUCUCAAAGCGCUACGACUGGGCCCGCUCGGCUCGCACUGAUAAGGGCGUAAGUGCCGUGGGUCAGGUUGUUUCCGGCCGCUUCUACAUCGAUCCGCCUGGUUUUGUUGAUCGUCUCAAUUCGAAUCUCUCGCCUCAAAUACGGAUUUUUGGGUACAAGCGCGUCACAGCGUCAUUCAAUGCAAAAAAGUUCUGCGAUCGGAGAAGGUAUGUAUACCUAAUUCCCGUCUUUGCUCUCAACCCUAAUUCCCAUCGUGAUAGAGAAAGUGUGAAGGCUAGUUUAGGGUCUGAUAACGAGCUUGUAAAGUGCUUAGAAUGCUCUGAACGAGGGCGCAAGGUCGAAGGCUUGAUGGGCAAGCGCAAUUUUGAAGCAAAAACUGUGAUAACCGAGUCAGAAGUUUCGUCGAACACUGGAAUCGCCGUUGAAGUUUCUGAAGGGGCCUUGGGGGACAAUACCCCAGCCUCUGAUUCUAACAAACAAACUAGCGUUUUAGUUGAAAAUGGCGACACUGAACUUAAUCUAGGAAGCGAAGGUACUGUAAAAUGUGAAUGCAAUGAAACGUCUGGAUUAGGGAAUGACUCAAAGACUGUGGUAAGCAAAGAGAGCGUCGAUGGGAAUGAGAAACCUUCAGGGAGCUUCAAGUAUGGCGAGGAGGAGAAGGCUAGGUUCAAUAGGAUUCUGAAGCAUUAUGUAGGAACUCAUAACUUCCAUAACUUCACUACCAGAACGAAAGCAGAGGACCCUGCUGCUCGACGCUUUAUUGUUUCAUUUGAUGCGGCUACCACCGUUGUGGUUGAAGGUAUUGAAUUUGUAAAAUGUGAAGUUGUGGGGCAGAGCUUCAUGCUUCAUCAGAUCCGGAAGAUGAUGGGUCUUGCUGUGGCAAUUAUGAGGAACUGUGCUCCAGAGUCAUUGAUCGAAAAAGCUUUGCAAAAGGAUGUUAACAUAAAUGUACCCACUGCACCUGAGGUUGGGCUGUACUUGGAGGAGUGCCUAUUCACAUCAUAUAACCAGAAGUGGAAGGAGAGUCAUGAAGAGGUAUCUAUGAAAGCCUAUGAAGAGGUAGCAGAAGACUUCAAAAUGAAGCAAAUAUAUUCUCAUAUUGCUUCCACAGAGCACAAAGAGGGAGCUGUUGCUUUAUGGCUGCAUUCUCUAAACCAUCGCAAUUAUCCAGAUUUACGUGUUGCUGAUGAGGUUGCAGAUAAAGCUAAUGACACUUGCGUUGGCAUGGAGACACCAGCUGAAAUUUAAAGGUCUUUCCCCCUCCUUUGCUUUAACAUGCCAUUUCAGGGAUAAACGUUUACUUUUGACUGAUUUAGAGCUUGUUCUAUUUAUGCUGUGUAACCAGAUCAUGCAUAAAUUAUGGUUAAGAAAAUGAGGCAAAUCCAUUGAUUAUGUUAAGUUUUGAUUAUUAUCUUCUUUCUCUUCUCUGUUGACUGCGAGUCUGUGCUAGUAGCGUAGUAUAUCCACAUCAUGUACUGCUAUCCGUACUGCUGCUUUGUUUCCUUUAAAACGGCUGACGUAAUGUAGUGACUUUUACAAUAUUAGUUGUAUGAGAGGGAUUUUAAAA